AUGUCGGAUCCUCCGAAACGAGAUAUCAAAAACCAUGUGCUAUUUGAAAUUGCAACGGAGGUCGCGAAUCGAGUUGGUGGAAUAUACUCGGUCCUCAAAUCCAAAGCGCCUGUCUCUACCGCAGAAUAUGGCGAGAGAUACACGCUCAUCGGGCCUCUGAAUCGGGCUUCGGCUGUUGUUGAAGUCGAGGAACUGACACCGACCGAUCCCCAUCUUGCUGAAACCAUGGUCGCGAUGAAGGAGCGGGGAGUUGACAUGAUGUAUGGACGAUGGCUUAUUGAGGGGGCCCCAAGAGUGCUUCUGGUCGAUACAAGUUCGGGAUACAAAUAUCUGGACGAAUGGAAGGGCGAUCUUUGGAACACAGCGGCUAUCCCUUCUCCGGCUGAGGACGGUGAAACGAACGAGGCUAUCGUGUUUGGUUAUUUGGUAGCUUGGUUCCUUGGAGAGUAUAUUUCCAGAGACAGAACGCGAGCUGUUGUUGCACAUUUCCACGAAUGGCUAGCCGGUGUCGCCCUUCCAUUGACAAAGAAACGACAUAUGGACGUCACAACAAUUUUCACCACCCACGCAACUCUACUAGGCAGGUAUCUGUGUGCCGGCUCUGUCGACUUCUACAACAACUUGCAAUUCUUCGAUGUUGAUGCGGAAGCCGGCAAAAGAGGGAUAUACCACCGAUACUGCAUCGAACGUGCCGCGGCGCAUUCAGCAGAUGUCUUUACUACAGUGUCGCACAUCACAGCUUUCGAGAGCGAGCAUUUGCUGAAACGCAAGCCUGAUGGCGUGUUACCUAACGGGCUCAACGUGAAGAAGUUUUCUGCAGUCCACGAGUUCCAGAAUCUUCAUUCCAAUGCCAAAGAUAAAAUUAAUGAUUUCGUCCGUGGCCAUUUCUAUGGGCAUAACGAUUUCGACCUUGAGAAUACUCUAUAUUUCUUCACCGCAGGCCGUUACGAAUAUCGGAACAAAGGAGUAGAUAUGUUUAUCGAAUCCCUCGCCAGGCUCAAUCACCGUCUGAAAACAGCGGGAUCAAAUAUGACGGUAGUAGCAUUUAUUAUCAUGCCCGCGCAGACAUCUUCGCUCACGGUAGAGGCCUUGAAGGGCCAAGCGGUUGUGAAGUCGCUUCGCGACACGUUGGAGAUGGUAGAACAGGGGAUUGGAAGGCGGCUAUUUGAGCGCUGCCUCAGCUGGAAGGAAGGCGAUAAUAUGCCAGAUGAAAAAGAUCUAAUAACCAGCCAGGAUCGAGUACUUUUGCGCCGUCGAUUGUUCGCAAUGAAGCGGCAUCAACUUCCUCCCAUUGUGACGCAUAAUAUGGUGAACGAUGCGGAUGACCCUGUGUUAAACCAGCUGCGUCGCGUUCAACUCUUCAAUCACCCUUCUGACCGUGUCAAGGUUGUGUUCCAUCCUGAAUUCCUCAAUUCUUCCAAUCCGGUCUUGCCUCUUGACUACGACGAUUUUGUCCGGGGUACGAAUCUAGGCGUUUUUCCGUCGUAUUAUGAACCUUGGGGAUAUACGCCUGCAGAGUGCACAGUAAUGGGGAUUCCCAGCAUAACUACAAAUCUGUCCGGAUUUGGAUGCUACAUGGAGGAACUAAUAGAAAACUCUUCGGACUAUGGCAUAUAUAUCGUCGACCGCCGUAUGAAGGGUGUAGACGAUUCCGUCAACCAACUUACGAAUUUCAUGUUUGAGUUUGCGUGCAAGAGUCGUAGGCAGCGCAUCAACCAGCGGAACAGGACAGAGCGGCUGAGUGAUCUUUUGGACUGGAAGCGUAUGGGUAUGGAGUAUGUGAAGGCUCGGCAGCUGGCGCUUCGGAGAGCGUAUCCAACUUCCUUUGAUCCUGCUGAGGACUUCAGCGAUAUCAUCGGAGGCACCGAGCAAAAGAUUUCCCGCCCGUUUUCGGUGCCUGGUUCACCGAGAGAUCGGACGGGGAUGAUGACUCCUGGUGACUUUGCAUCCCUACAGGAAGGCCGUGAAGGUUUAAGUACCGAGGAUUAUAUUGCCUGGAAGUUACCUGAGGAAGAGGACGCGGAAGAAUACCCAUUCCCACUUACGUUGCGAAAGAAGGCUGUCCCCGUCGAACAACCACACUCACCGGAUAGGGAGGUAACGACCAAUGGCGACAAUUCGGUUAAAUCGGGAUAG